UAAUGAUGAAAUGCAAUGUCUCAAUUCUGGAUAAAAAACAGAAAUUUGGUGGGGGGGCACAUUUAAAAUGACAGAGGUCCAAAUUAUUAUUUUAAUGAUUGUUGUUGAUUUUUAAAUGGUUUGUACUGUCAGAAUAAGUAUUUGCAAUCUCAAGUGCUAAAAUGAAUUGUACAUAAAUCUAUUUUAAUUUGAAUUAUUAUUGUAGCCAAGUAUAUGAUCAUGAUUUUAAUACGUUGUAAGUAAAACCCAGAGAUGUUAUUUCAAGCUUUGUUCUAAUUGUAGAUAGAAGGUGACAGCCACAGGAUAUAAUGCCAAAAAGACAUACCCGGAGAUUGUUGCAUGUUUAAGUUAACUCAUCAUCCAUUUCAAUAUCGACUUAGCAGCAGUUAGCAGUUUAGUAAAUUAUUCAACCACAGAUAGUAAAAGAUUUCCAGCAAAGGCAAUAGUGAAGAAAUAAAGUCAAAGUCUGUAGAAAACUGUUUGCCAAUGUGAAAUCGGCAGUAAAACACAAACCACCCACACUGAGCCAGUACUUAAAAUACUUUACUCGUCAUUGUCACCACCAUCAGAGUACAGAGUUCUAAGACCAGGAAAAGAGUAAAAACCAAAAACUAAAAGGUCAAAAUUAUGAACUGAAAAGUAAAAAUGUGAGAUUAAAGUGAUGUUUUAACAGAUACGAUUACAGUUAAUAAUGACAGAUACGAUUGAAAAUAUUAAGAAAAAAAAUACUACUGAUUCACUGUUUCUUUUAUAGGUAAGUAGUUACAACCGACUACUAAACAACUGGUUGAAAUUAUAAGAUAAAAAAUUAACAGAAAUAGAAAAAAAAUAAAGUACUUGAUGUCUAUGCAUUUAACUUUAGGGAAAACAGCGGCGAUUGGUGGUACAUAAUUGCACUGCAACGAUCGAUUUAAAUACAGUAUAUAGAUUCUUGUGGGUCAUUAUGGUUUAAACCCUCUUAAGUUAUCCUAAUAAGAAGAGUGUGUCAUCACCCAGAAUCAGUGCCUUAAACUGGUCUGAUUCAGUUCAACUAUAACUGGAUUUUAUCAACGUUACUGUAAGUCUGAGUAUUUAGGACCAUGGGGAGACGGGCAGGGAGGGAAGGAUGAGAGCAUGGCAGAGUAGCGUAGUGGAGUGGAGCCCAAUGUUUUACAGCAUGCUGAGGUUGGAGAUGCUGCUGAAUGAGAUGCUGGAGCUGUGAAGAAAUGAAAGACUAGAUCAGCCAGUGAGGAGGAGGAGGACAAAUUAAGAUGAAGAGGAGAGUGUGCCAAGGUCUUACUGGCAUCAUCAUCUUCACCAUGGUUACCAUCUUUGUUAUGCUGUACCAGAGCAGAGACAAAACGUCUUCUUCAUCAGCGUCUUCACCUCCUUCCCACAUCUUCAACACACAAAGUUUGUCCACACAAAAGCCCCAGAAACCCAGGACCGUUAAGUCAACACUUGGUGGCUACACCAGUGUCAUGGACCAGGAGUCAGACUCCCUGCCAUCCUCUCUGCUGACGAUGUGUUUUAUCGACCUUGCUGUUCUCCCUGUGGCUAUUGGAUUUUUACUACAGUCUCUGAGGAUCCACUGCAGCACGUGUGCACUUGUGACCAGCUCUGGUCAGCUGACAGGAGGCAACAGAGGAGAAGAGAUUGAUCGCUCCGAGUGUGUCAUUCGUAUGAACGACGCUCCCAGCGCAAACUAUCAGCAAGACGUUGGUCGGCGCACUAGCCUGCGUGUCAUAGCUCACUCCAGUCUGCAGAGGGUGCUAAGAAGCAAACAAGAACUGCUCAACACCAGUCAGGCGACAGUGUUUAUUUUCUGGGGACCUAGCAGCUUGAUGAGACGGGAUGGAAGAGGUCACGUGUACAACAAACUACAGCUGUUGAAGCAGCUUCUGCCCAAACUGAUAAUCUUCACAGUUUCUCGAAGCAACAUGUUCAAGUUUGAUGAGCUCUUCAAAAGAGAAACAGGGAUUGACAGGAGGAUUUCCCACUCCUGGCUCAGCACAGGCUGGUUCACCAUGGCCACAGCCCUGGAGCUGUGUGACAGGAUCAACGUGUAUGGCAUGGUGCCUCCAGACUUCUGCAGGUCCUCCCCCCACACCUCUGUGCCAUAUCAUUACUAUGAGCCCGGGGGACCUGACGAGUGCUCCGUGUAUCUCUCCCACGAAAGGAGUCGACAGGGAAGCAACCAUCGCUUCAUCACCGAGAAGAUAGUGUUCGCAAACUGGGCUCAAACCCACAAUAUCCACUUUUACCAGCCAAACUGGAGGCCCACGGCUCUCAUCAGCAGAACAGACGGCUCGUACACACCUGCUCCAGCUGGCUCCUGAGACUCACUGCGCAGAUGUUUGGGAUGUGUGUUUGUGUGUUUGUGUGUGUAUGGGUACAAAUGUUCUGUGUAAAAUCUGAAUGCAGAUGACAACAGUAGCAGAAUAAUCAGUUUGGCAGCAAUGAUCCAGAACACCAGCACAGGGGCUCAACAGUGUUUUUGAAGUGUACCUAUAUCAGGAUGAGUGUCAACGCUGUGGGGGUUAAGUCUUUGUGGAGCUGAUUAAAAACACUCUGACAGAGAACUCUUCAGAAGCUGUACUGCACGUCCAUUUCCACGACCAGUCGACCAGUCUCACUGUAUAUAAGUGUGUACUCUGUAUUUAAGUGUGAGGGGGUUCUGUGACCUGAGAGUUACAGUGGUGAGAAAAUAUCUUAAAGUUUUCUUAAUGCACCGAAAACUAUUAUUUACUGCAAAUGAUUUGUCUUUUGUCAAUUAUGUGUCAGUGACAGGAACACAAAUUAAAUACUUAACAGUAUUGUUUUCAACUUGAUAGUCCCAGGUUUCACCACAAGUAGGUAAAUUAUGAGUAAAUUGAAACCAGAAAAAUCAUUCAUUUUUAUAAUUUAUUCAUAUACCUUGUGACUAUAAGAAUAUAAAUAUAAGAAUAUAAAGUAUUUGCAGUACUAAAAGAGAGACUUAGUUGUGGUGAAACGAAUUUCUAUGUAUUAGAUGCUAGAUACAUUUAAGGAUUUAUACAUAAAAAAAUUAAAAACCGUUAAAAAUACGUAAUUCAGACCGUGUGGUCUUUGUAGAAGUGACUAACAAUGUGCCACGAGCUAAAAUAGUGUGGUUUAAGACCAACAUUUAAAAUCCUUUUAAAAUUGU